UAUUGAAGAUGGUGUGAAGUAGAUAAGAAAGAUGCAAGCCUGGCUCAUGCUUCUGCACUUGUCACUGCUUUACCAUUAGAGAACUAUCAGUCUUCUCGUAUCCCUGCUCCGGUUGAGACUAAGCCACCAAAAGCAUAUGGUGGUAUAAAAGGUUUAAGGAAUGUGGCUAGGAAUUGUUUCAUCAAUUCUGUUGUCCAAUGGUUGAUUCAUUCUAAGCCUUUUUACCGGGAGAUUAUGUCCAACAAAUUUUGCAAUGGUUAGUGUAUCUAAUCCCAAUUUCUGAUUUCUAGUAUAAUCCAUGUUUCUGAUACCUCUAAUCCCUGUUUAAUGUAUCAUUUGAAUGUGACAAACAAGACUGUAUCCGGUGCUAUAUGAAAGUAGUAUUCAAAAGGAUAACUGAAGUAGCAAAUACUAAUGAGACAGUGAAUGCAGAGAUCCUUUCCAUCCAUUCUAAUGAGAAAUUCGCCAUGGGUUUUGAUCACGAUUCCCAUGAAUAUUUUUGAGCAUUCUUAAUGAAUUGAUAGUAUGUGAUAUGUCUCAUGAAGCCAUAGGUGUUGCUGCUCCAGAAACUAUGGUCCGGAGACUCUUUGGGGUAUUUUCCACCUCAAAGAUCAAGUGUCACAAAUGUAAGUAUCUUAAGAAGACCAAAGUUGAAAACCUUGGCCUUCAACUCACAUUGGCCAAAGGCAGUUCACUGAAGGAAGCUUUGGAACAGUAUAUUGUGUCAACUGCCUCGAGUGGGUUAAAGUUUUGGAACAGCAUUAAUAUUUACAACUGCUUCGAGUGGCUUUGGAACAGAGGGAGUAGAGGGUUAGAGUUGGAAAUUUCCAACCCGAGUGGGCCUAGACCCGAAACCAAGUGGGUUGGGCCGGCGCAUUGGACCUAGGUACAACUAUUUCUUCAUGUUUGAUAUCAAAUUCGACACUUUAUUAAUUGUUUUUAUAGUAUAAAUAACUAUACGAAGAAACCUUCAAUGACCUAAUUUACAAGA